CCAAUCAGUGUGCACGUCGUAAUGGGGUGCAAUGCGCUUAAAUGACGUCUCACACAUACAGACUUGGUGCUACACCACACACACACACACACGCGCAUACACGAGGGACAGACAGGCAGACGUGAUUCGGCCAUCGACAGACACGGCAGAGGAGCCAGCCAGGAAGGCCGGCCAGCCCAUCCUCUCAAACAUGACAAACAAAACCUAUCUAUGCAUCCACCCAUCUCUGUGUGCAUCAGUGUGCCUCCUCCUCUCUGCUGGUUGUCGCCUCAGAGUCUCGCUGGCUCGUCGGCUGCGCGGCCAUCUCGACAGCCACUCGCCCACCAUUCCCGCUGCCGCUCCCAUUGCCGUUGGCAGCAGUGCCACCAGGUGGCUCAUCCAUUUCGACCACCGGCUCGGUGGUGAGGGUGAGGCCGUUGAUCUGCCCCCUGCCGACGGAUGUGACGCGCUGGUGUGUGUGGCCGACGUGGAUGACCUCGCCCUCUCUGGGCGGGUGGGAGAGCCGCCGGUGGGUCUUGAACUUGAACGACACGAAGCACUUGUUCACCUCCUCCAAUUGGAUCACCUGAAUGCGGCCAGUCAGUCGUUCGAAAGGAGACACGCGGCGGUCGUCAGUUGUGUGUGGGUCCCGGCUGACUGGCAAACCUGUCCUUUGAGGUUGUCGAGCAGUCCAUAUGCCUCUGUGAUGGUGACGUCGUUUUCCAGGAUGACGUCGAGCUCAACCAAGAAGCGGGGGCCGAAGUGGUAGGCGCGAAUGGCGUCCAGCUGACCCCUAUUCGUCAAUCAAUCAACACGCCCACACACACGGGAAGAAUGUCUGUCUGCGUACGGGCGCCGCGCCUGUAUGUGUGAGAGCACACCACACACCCACCGGUCUGUGAGGCUGCUGUGUGCCAACGCAACGGCACGGUCGUAGAACUCCGGUUCUGCAGUGUAGCCCGACAGAUACCUGAGUGGACACACACACACAUGGAUGGAUGGAUGGAAGAAGGGACUGGACGGACAGACCUGAUUUGUUCCUGCAGUGUCAGGAUCCAGUUGAAGCAGAUGUAGGCGGCGAUGCAGACGGCCCCGCCGUCGUCCAGCCACCACAGGCCCCACGACGACUCAGCCGCCAUCACAACCACCAACGCAAACGCAUUGCUGCACACACACACAUCGCCACACAGCUGCUAAUGUCCGUGCUCUGUGUGGUGAGCCCCUGAUUCAUUCACUGGCUGACCUGAUGGCGUCGUUGCGAUGGUCGUCCCUGAGUGACUUGACGGAGUCAGACUCCCUCGCGAAGACCGAACAGUAGCCAUACAACACCAGCUUCAAAGCGACAGUCAGGGCCAGAAUGACUCCGACGAACCAUUCGUGAGGCUCGGCGGGCUCCUUGGGAGGGCCGUUCAACAGAUUCUGGAUCGAAAACACUAUCAGCUGCAAGCACAACACACACACACACACACACACACAAACAGACUCAUUGGCGAAAUCCAUCCAUCUCUUGAUGCGUUAGUUACUGUUUGCCGACCUGCAGUGCGGAUGUGCACAUGAAGGUCGCGAAGACAACGAGGGAGAUGGGCUCGAAUUUGGUCUUGCCGCCGGGGAAGCUCUUUUCUGGCUGGUGCGUCACCAUGCUGACACCCAAUCGACUCUGUGUGUGUGCUCUCCUCCAUCAGCCCUACCCCCCCUCCCACCAUGAGGUGAAGAAAAUGAUGAACAGCGCGAGGAUGUCGAGCAUGCUUUCGAUGCACGAUGCUAUCACCGUCAUUGACUGAUGCGAUGCACCACAUGACAUGACACACACCACAACAGACAGACGAUGGACCGACCCCUUCCUCCUUCCCGCCCUCCCAUCCAUCUCUCCACCAACUCACUCACCCCGGUGGUGAGUGCUGCCGUGAUUUUGACGCAGAAGAGGAAGACGUUUCCGAUGAAGCUGGCCUUGAUGCCGAUGUCCACAAAGGUGUUGGCCUUGCCGCCCUCAACCACACCGCUCUGCACCAGAUGCAGCUCGCCGUGCGGCCGCUUGAACGGGAUAUUGUCCUGCACACAGCACAUCACAUACAUACACAGACGCAGACACACACACACACACAUACGGAUGAGUGAGUGAAUGAGCGGAUGAUGUGUUGUGUGGCAUAUCGGCGAGAGAGAGGCGACCUCCUAUAUUACCUCGAUGUAGAUCCAUUCGAUGGGCCCAUGGUGUGAGAGUGUGGGGUGGUCCACAUUGACGGUGUACACCUUGCCGCCCAGAUCUAUCUCGUAGUCGUGCUGCCCUUCCCUUCCAGGCGGCAUGCGAGAAGAAGAAGAAGAACCACCACCAGCAACAGCAGCCGUCACCGUGGACUCCGAGCCGCUUGCGGCCUCCUGGACAGCAGAGUCGAUGAGUCCACGGCGCCCUUCAUCUCUCCCACUGCCGUACUGCAUGCCGACUCUGAAUGAGUGAUGUGUGCGCAGAGCCGCCGCACAGAUUAUAGAAGUUGCCGACUCUUCAGAUCUGCCCAAAUGCUUCACCAAACGGGCUCUCGUCUUCCCCUUUCUCCUUCAAC